AUGGGCUCCUAUAUCGAUUGGUCCAAGACGACCAAGUCAUCCAAUUAUCGCGGGUCCGGAUCCUUCUCGACGUUUAUGAUUAUCGGACCAACCUGCUUUUUCCUCGGAAUCCUCUUCGCGUCCUUUCCCUACGACUUCCCACUGCUCUGGAGCAAGGAGCCCGUUCCGGCCAGCUACUAUGAUCAGAUCGAGACACACUUGAAGUUCAUUCACCAGUCGCCACCUCUCAUCGGACGAAUGCUCAACAUCAUCGUAAGCGUUGGGUUCCUGGGGCUGUUCAUCAAGCUGUUCAGACCUAGCGAGGCCAACUUCCUGUUUGAUGGCGCGUCCUUGAUCCUCUACACGAUUGGCGUUGCCGUGUACAUUACCAACAUUGUCAAGGGCCUGCGUACCAUGAGCUCGGGCUACUUUGACAGCGAUGAUUUCAAGAAUGCCAAGGCUAGGUUCGAUGGCGAGGUGAUUCUGGGACGCGAGGACAGCUUGAGGGUGCUCUCUGCCAGCAAUACCAUCUUGGCACUUGUAUUGAUUGGCGUUCUAGUUCUGCAGGCCGGACAGUGGUAUGCGGAGAAGAGAGAUUCAGACGACGAGGCUGCUUUGGCGGCGAAGAAGGAUACUCCUGCUAGCAAGGCGGCCAACAAGAAGAAGCAGUAA